AUGGAUCCUAGAUGGCUGCAGGCUGCUCUCCGAAUCAAGGCAGUAAAGCUAAAACAACAAACCGUUGAACCAAGACGAUUGAUUCUUCAGCGACUUCCCAAGUUUCAGAUUCUAAACCUUCUGCAACGCCAUCAGCGCACCUGGCACUGCAUUGUACACCAUGCCAAUCCAAUCAACCUCGGGGACCUGCAUAAACUAAUGCCUGAGGCUAUUCCGUUUUCGCAUCCUGGCCCAACGACCCCACCUUGUUUCCCGCAGCACAUCCUUCGCCCGCCAGCGACAACCGUCUUCCAGCUUUCAUUGGCAGCGCUGAGAAUGGACCAUGUGCCACAGAAGCGCCCGCAGCGUGAUGAUGCCCAGUCUGUCGCUUCACAAUCCGUGGUGACAUUGCUCGAGCGAUCUCGCGCUGACGAGUCUGCUCGCCCUGCUGUGACGGCCACCGGCGGGCGCGAAGUUUUGGCUACCUCCGCAGCAAAUGACCGCAACGGAGCCUCGAAGACUCGGGACGACGACGACGACGACGACGAUUAUACUUCCUCAUCCGGUUCGUCCUUGUCGUCCUCGGACGAGGAAGAUGAUGACGAUAAUGAUACUCAGGGUGAGAUCGCCAGAGAAUCAGGCCUAAGCGGCGACAGUGAUCAGAUCACCUCUCUGCCAGCCAGGAAAAAGCCCAACAUUCGCCGAUUCAACAACUCACCGAGUCUCCUCUCGAAACUUUCUGCUUUCUUACCGCAGAUGAAGACCGCCAAUGAGGAUCUAGAAAAGGAAAUCGCCGCAGGGCGCUCCAAGGAUAUCCAACUUGAUGCUGAAGACGACGAGGACGACGAGCAUCGUAACGGUCAAUACAUUGAGAUGAACCUAGGAUUGGGCGUUUUGGAAGAGAAACGGCCGGGCGAUGACGAGGACUUUAGCGAAGGCGAGACGAACGAGCACGGAAAGCAGGGCGAGCCACAAGAAACAAACGUCCUCGAUCGCUUGAUGAAGAAGGAAAAAACGUCUUCGUCCGGCAAACCAUCAAUUCAGGAAAUCAACGAGUAG